AAGUUAUCCAAGAAGCCGCAUUCGCACCAUGCGUCGCCAAGGGUUCGUCGCCUACAGGCCGCCCAACAGGAUCAUCCAUCACAGUAGCCGAUAGAUAGGGCAAUUUUUUUGUCUCCAUCGUUGCUGUAUUGUGUUUGCUGUCGACGCUCUAAAGGCAAAGUGAUCCGCGCGUACGUUUGUUUUCUAACCUUUUUUUUUGGCUACUGCCAACUUCAUCCACCAACAAGAAACAUUUGGUUAAAAAAUAAAUAAAACGAAACCCACCCCACCAUGGAGCAAGAAUCGGACGAGUUUCUGCAACACUUCACCACCUCCACCGAUUCCUUUCUGCGGCAGCACAUCUCUACCGACCAGCUGGAGGCUACCUUCACCCCGCUGCACACCAGCAACCGAACGGCGCUGUGGCCACUGAUGGAGGGCAAAAUCAAGCGGCGCGAAAACACCGACCUGCAGGUACACAUCGCGGACACGCUCGUCCACUGCCACUUGCUGCCGCUGCAGUGCUUCAGCGAGUACUUCGAGCACGAGGUGGAACCGGGCCAGCCGGUCGUGAAGCUGCCGGCCGACCAGGUCCCACCGGCCGCCUUCCAGAUCGUCUACGACUGGAUACUCGACCCGAACCGGCCGCUGGAGUGGCACAGCUUUGUCGCCGUCCUGUCGGCGGCCGAGUACCUGCGCAUCCCGGCACUGAUCGAACGCUGCUGGCAGUAUCUGGACAACCCGCGGGUGGUGGAAAAUGCUGCCUUUUACGUGUUUCUGCAGGCGCGCCGGUACGAAAACGUCCAACUGCAGCCGAUGAUGUUACGGCGCAUCUGUCGGUUCUUUCUGGCGCUCGUCAGUACGCUCGAGUUCUGCGAGCUUUCGCUGGACGAACUGUCCGUCCUGUUGGCGUCCAACAUUGUUGCAGUGUUUGACGAAACGGACGUGUUUUACGCCGCCUGCCAGUGGCUAAUGUACGACUGGACCGAGCGGCAGGGCUCGAUCGAGCGGGUGAUGGAGCUGGUGCGGUUCGAGCGCAUGCAGACGGCCGAUCUGGCCCGGUUCUGUGUGUUUCAGGAGUGCGCCGAGCUGCAGCCGAUACUGCGCCAUCCCACCACGAAGCAGCUGGUCGAUAGGGCGCUUGCGUCGAUCUGCGCAAGGCCAUCGAGCAGAAACGGUGCCUCGGCGGAUGAUGCCAGCGGCCGAUGGUUGCCGGCCCACCGUCGCCCGACCGAGCGUGUCCGGCUGGUGGCGGAAUCGAAGGAAACGAAAGCGUACGUUGCCGGCGAUACGAGCUACGAUGGGUUUAACGAGUUUCUGGGCGUGCUGCGCGAGCAACCGAACAGCUGGCGCACGUUUCGCCUGACCGAGGAGAAUGUGGGCCUGCUGGAGGACAUGUUCGGUGGCUGCACGGUGAGCGACGGGUAGAUUGUGUUGCGAUGAUGGUUUCGAACAAAUUACCAGAUGGUGUCUAAAAUUUCCCCACA